AUGGUGCGGACCCGUGGUCCACUUCAGACCCUUGGGGCGGUGGCAAUCAAGCUGAUGCUGCUGCCGAGCCUGAACGCGAAGCUGCGCGACCUACUCCUGCUACUGAUGAUCAGUCUUGGGAAGUCCAAGGAAAUGGGGCCUCAGGUGACGGGGAUGCAUCUGGGCCUUGGACAAGGGAAGACUGGGAAGCCUGGCAGGCACGCUGGGACAGCAGAGGUUCUCAAGAUGGAGGGAGCGACGGCGGCAACCAUUCCGCCGACAGCAAUGGGGCGACUGGGGCCGCUGGCAGUGGAUGCCAGCCGACAACGUCUCUACUUCGACCUCUGCGAGUACCAGCGGGACGGCGCCGAUUACAUGGAACAGUUCUUCAUGGACGUGGUGGGACGGAGAUGUGGGGCCUACAGCGGGUUCUACAAGUACCCCCGGGACUCCGCCGACUACGUGGACCGCGGGACUGUGCACCAGUCUUUUGGAGGGACAAAGGGGCCUACGGAACGGCUCAUCGUCCCUACCUUCACCGGGGACACCGAGAAUGGCGGCGACCUUGGAACAUCGGCGCGGAGCUACCUGAGACAGGUGAAUGCUUGGGAGAAAAUGACCAAGUUGGCCCCAGACCAGCGUGCGCUGGUGCUAUAUCAGCACUUAUCUGGUUCUGCUUGGGUGAACUCUGAGUCUUUGAAUGUUGAGGAUCUCGCCCAUCCUGAAGGCGUGAGCCGUCUACGAGAAUGGAUUCGUCAGCACUACUUGGACGUGGAGGUCACUCAGGUGGGACGCUCUUUGAGUGACUUGUUCAGGAAGCUCCGCAGGCGUCCUCAACAGAGCUUCCGGGACUAUGCCGCGGAGUUCAACCGCUUGUUGGCGAGAGUCAUAGAGUGCGGUUGCGCUUUGCCAGACGUGGCCAAUGCUUGGCUCUUCGUGGACAGGGCCAACCUCGACGAGGCCACGGAGGUCAGUUUGCUUGCGAGCGUAGGUAACAAGUACGCCCUCAAGGCCUUGCAGUCUGCGGCUAUCGUCUUGGACAGGUCAAUGCGAAAACCCUGGGAGAAGGCAGGCUUCCGUGGGAAGCCCCAGAGUGUCAACCAGACGGACGACCUGGAUGGCGGCGAGGCUUCGGAUGUUGAGCCCCCUCUUCACGAUGACCCCGAAUGCAACUCCGAAGAACUCUACCUCACUUACAUGACAGCAAAGGCCCGCUACAAAGAGUCUGCCAAGGCACGGGGAACUGACUACAGAACCACUGAGUCCGACUCGGGUGGCAUCCGGAAGGCUGCCGAGGCCAAAAUCCAGUUGGCCAAAGCGAAGUCCCACUGCUCUGCUUGUGGGCAGAGGGGCCACUGGCACAGAGAUGCUAUUUGCCCCAAGUUCCCUGGCAAUGGCAACCAAGGUUCCGGCGCCAAGGCACAGACGAUCCACGUCACCAACGAGGUGUUUGAGCUCACCACGGGCACGCGCGACGGCCUCAAGGCGAUCCUGGACUCCGCUUGCUCUAAGACUGUGGUUGGGACUGGGUGGCUUCAGAAGUACCUGGACUAUGUCAAGGGAAGCGGCUACGAUGUGGUCUUUGUUUACGAGAAGGAGAGCUUCAAGUUCGGGGCCGCCAGCCGGAUCUACGAGUCUACCUAUGCCGCGGUGAUCCUCGUACCUCUUCUUGACCACCUCAUCGCGAUCAAAGCUUCGGUGAUCCACGGGGACAUCCCACUUCUUCUUUCGAGACCGGCUUUGGCACGACUCGGCCUCGUCUUGGACCUCGGAAGCAACGUUGCUACCUUCCGCGCACUCGACGGUGGCGAGGUCGAACUGGAGGAAACUACGAGUGGGCACCCUGCUGUUGUAGUUGAUCACUCCAAGCUGGCUAAGCCGGACACUUCAAGGCUCCCUGACAGCUGGGAGCCACAUGGAAUCGCGAUCCUUGGCCCUCGCGAGGUGUACAUGGUUGCUUGCAGCGGGGGUGUUUCGGGCGAUGAUCAAGGGGAUCCUGGUGAAGUCGAUGCGGUGACGAAGAUCUUUUACGACAAGAAGAUAGAUGGUGCUGUUAGGGACAUGCUGACGGGUGACGUUCUUAACGAGGACCUCUUUGUGACAUGGUGGGCCAACACAGAACUCGUAAACGAUUUUUGGAUUGAGCUACCCAACAAGCUAGUUCGUGUCCACAUCACUCCUCGAAGAAAGUUCUUUGCCCAGUUGAUCGACGAGUGCAAGCGCCGGCAGCUGGCGUUCAACGAGGCUUGGACGUGUCCAGAACUCCGGACGAUCCUCAUCUCGGACCGGGAGUACGAGACCAAGAGGAAGGGAGUUGCGGUGCCGAAGGGCUUGUCGUCCAUGAACCUGGACGAGCUGAAGGCCGAAGCGCACAAGAUGGAGCUGACCGUGAAGUCCGGGGACACAAAGGGGAGUCUCAUGCUACGCAGAGACGAAGCGGCCCCGGCGGAUACCGUCAUGACCAUUGGUCGGUUCCGAGGGACAACGUUCGCCCAGAUCCCAGACAACUACGGGGACUGGGCGUCGGAGGAAGAACGCCAGAAUGGAACCAACAUGCACAACGACCUGAAGCGGUUUGUGGUGUGGCGGCGACAUCGCAGGUCCAAGGGACAGAACACUCCGGCUGCGGCGGCGAGCACCAUGGAGCCGACCUACCUCGACGCGGAGACCUACGCGACAGUGCCCCCGCCGCCGAUCAGCGAGACGGCUUCGUCGUCCUGGGCGAUGGUGGCGGACUACGAGAGUGCGUUCUCCGAGGGGUACAACCCGCAUGACUCGGAGGGCCCCGAGCGCAUGGAGCAGGAGAUCGACCCGGCCACGAUGGACGAGAUCCAGGCACUCGAAGCGCGCCUGGCCACCCUACGCGACAGGAUUUCAGAUCGUGUUCUUCUGGUUCGGAAGACUCGAACCAUGGGAUCCUUGCUACGCGCCACGGAGGUUCUCGAGGUCCUAAGGCCCAUCCUGGAGAAGACGCUGCCGGAGCUGCACUUCAUGAACGGGAUUUUACUUUCGGAAGGGAAGCGGUGCAAUCUUGGGUACUACGCCUACGGCACUUUCAAGGGAGUCGGCCGUCGCACGACCGAAUGGCCCAAGUUGACCACCUACUUGAACGAGUUCCUCGCUGACUGCGUUGGGGAAAGCGGUCAUGGGCAAGGCCGGGCCACGUGGGCGGCCCUUGCACUACUGGGCGACAUACCUACUGGGAUCCACACGGACCGGAACAACCUCAAGGGCAGCUUCAACUACCUGGUCAGUUUUGGCAGCGGCAAUGGAGGAGGGGUCUGGAUCCAGGAAAAGGGCGGCGGAACUUGGCGCCGCAGUGGAAAUGGCCAAGAGAUCGAGGGGCGCAUUGUUGACGCCCACGAGCAAGGAUGGGAGUUCGAUCCACGGCUUGCCCAUGCCACCGAGCCCUUCGACGGCGAGCGUUGGUUUCUUGCGGGAUACACCCCGCGUUCUUUUCCGGAAGCCUCCAAGAGUGAAAGGAAAAUCCUGAACGACCUCAAGUUCCCGGUGCCCACCAAGGCCGAGAUCCGGGAGAUCAAGAAGCGCGACGACUACGCGAUCGACACCCCGGAGAAGGAGGUUGCCCACAAAGGAGGUUCAAGUUCGCGACCAAAACGGAGCGUUCGGAAGGGCAUCCGCCAAACGGCCAUGAUGCUGUCUGUCUUGUUCACCACGGCCAUUUCGACCAUGUGCGGUGUUGUACGUGAUGCACUACCUGCUCAUGUCAGCCCUGAGACCGCCAUUCUUGAAGUUGGUGGACUCUCUGCUACCUGCCGGCUUGCCGAGUACGACAUCUGCGGCGACCACCUCGUGGAACCCCUGCUCCCUGAGGACGUGCUUUCCAACGACCACCCGGAGGACCUGGGCAUUGGCUACAUCGAGGCGGCGGUCAUCCGUCACCGACCCGGGCAGCUCUGGAUUCACAUGCUACCCGAAUGGGGCUGCGACGCGGUGUUCCGUGACUUGGUCGAGGCGGUCAGCUACCAACUCGGGAGGGGACAAGCAGUGGAUGCGGGCUACGACGUGACCUACGAUUUCACCGAGGACGGCCAUCAGUACAUCCGGAAGAGUUGCUCCCAGCACAAAGCGAAGAACGUGGAGCUGAAGAUGAGGGCGAUAGCGACCAGUCUGCGGCGUCUACACCAGAACCUUGGACACCCUAGCACUGCCGAUUUUGUUCGUCAUCUACGCCUGGCUGGGGCAUCCCGCGAAGUUCUGAAAGGGGCCAAGGGCCUAGAGUGCCAAGUUUGUCAAAGGAGCGAGCAGCCGGCUAUUCCCAAACCGGCUAAGAUUGCCCCCUGCUACCGAUUCAACGAGAUGGUUGGCACGGACUUGUUCUAUGUCCACGACAGCGAAGGCCGGCGACACCAGCUCCUCUCCAUCGUCGAUUUCUCGUCUGCCUACCACAUCGUUGUGCCAGUGCAGAAGAAAGACACCGUUACACUCGAGAAGGCGUUCUGUGAGAGUUGGGUUCAGAUUUUUGGGGCUCCGACCACGGUUGCGGUCGAUUUGGAGAACGGGUUGGAGAAGUCUCUAGCCCGUAUUGGCGAUUGGACGGGGACCCGCAUUCGCAGUGCGGCCGGACAGGCCCACCACCAGGCAGGCUACACAGAGCGCCAAGGAGCUAUCUGGAAGUCCCUUUUCGGCCGGAUCUGCGAGGAACACUCUGUAUGCCAAAGUGAUUUCCACCUCGCUGUGAGCGCAGUCUCUUCUGCAAAGAACCAGCUGACACGGACGAGCGGUUUCAGUCCUUGCCAGCAUGUGUUUGGAUCGAUGCCGGGGCUCCCAGAAGAUCUUCUUGAGGGUCCUCACGCUGACCACCCGGAGCAGGAGGCGAUCAUCGACGACAAGCACGCCCGUGAGGUCGCACUUCGAACGGCCGCUCGGGCCGCCUACUUCCAUGUCCAGACCGAUGAGAGAGUUCGCCGCGCCCUUGCAGGGCGUGCCCGUGUUGAAAGCCGAACCCCAGAAACCGGGGAAAGGGUCUUCUACUUUCGCAAGACGAAGAACAACAAGAAGGGCUACUGGGUCGGACCCGGAACCGUCAUCGGGCGAGAAGGCGCGAACCUAUGGAUCACCCGAGCCGGGAGAUGUGUUCUAUGUGCUCCAGAGCAUGUUCGGCUUGCAACCGGCGAGGAACUUGGUCAGGCCUUCAGCAUGAAGGUCGCGCAAGAAGACUUGGACAAGUUGUUGAAUGCCGACUCAGAUGAGCCGGGCGCCUACGAUGAGGAUCACGAGGACCAAGGGGACGAAGAGAUGCUCAACGCCGGGGCUGCUGGUGUUGGCGAAAUUGCGUAUGACAUGGAGCUGGACGGAGAAGAAGAACGACGUGGGCUACGACGUGACCUUGUUCGUGUACCUCCUCGUGUUCUGAAGCGACAGCGACGCAAGGGGCGCGGUGAAGAGGUGGCUGUUGACGGUGGGCCCCGCGAAGAGCCCAGUGAUGUGAACAUGAUCAAGCGAGCCCGCACCCAGCGGUCCCGCGAAAAGCAGCUAGAGAAGGAGAUCCCUUGGUCCCUCAUCCCGGAGUUCAUGAGGCCGAAGUUCCGGGAGAAGGAGAUGGUCCAGUGGCGAGAACAUGUGGACACUGGGGCCUUGGAAGCUCCCGUUUCGCCUACAGGGCUGGUCGUGGCUGGACACCUCGAUCCAGACGUGGGCGUCGCCAACAUCGAGGUCGACUCUCCCACGGUGUCGAGGGCAUCCUUGAUAUCUUUGCUUCAAAUAUGUGCUUCCAAGCGUUGGAAGGCUGCUGCAGGAGAUGUUCAAGCUGCUUUCUUACAAGGCGUUGAGCUCGGGCGUCAGUUGUGGAUGGCACAGCCAAAGUCCGGGAUUUCUGGACUGGAUCCAAGACAGAUCGCUCGGAUCAGGAAAGGAGUCUUCGGCCUAUCUGAGAGCCCGAGGAUGUGGUACGAUAGGCUUUCUAGCGUUCUACUUGGCGAGGUCUUCGACAUCGGAGGAGUGCGACACCGCCUCGUGCCGAGCCCUUUGGACCCUUGCGUGAUGAUGCUCAUCAAGGAUGGCGAAGCUUCUGAGCCAGCAGGAUACCUCGCCCUCCACGUGGACGACAUUUUGGUGGUCGCCAUCGACAACCGAUCAUUGAUCGGUGCCUUGAGCUGGCUGAGUAGCCAGAGUCGCCCAGACCUGACGCAGCUCCAACGGGCCCCUCUUACCGAGGAUGUUCGAUUCGUGAAUCAGCUCUCGGCCCGGGCCAAGGAGUUCCGCGAGAACGGGAUCUACCUGCGGCCUACCAAACUCGAGGACGCGGUGUUCCUCGUGUACCACGACGCGGCCUGGGCCAACGCCGAGCUCGAGGAGGCCGAGGACGGGUUCAAGCUCACGGCCGAGGAGAUCGGUCGCUUCACAGUUGGGCCACUUGAUCUUACUGGCCGACCGGGCUAUCCUCGACGGGUCUUGUUGCCGAACGAGUUUGCUCGAGUGGAGGAGCCAGUCAUGCAAGCGAGU